AUGGCUGCUUCUUCCUCUUCACAGGGACUCCCUGACCCUGAGUCAUGGCAAGUGUUCAUCAACUUCCGUGGGGUAGAACUACGCGACAACUUCGUCAGCCAUCUCGAGGUAGCUUUAACACAGGCGGGAAUCAACUACUACAUUGACAGGAAAGAGACGCGGAGCGAAGACCUCAAAGUCCUUUUCAAGAGGAUCCAGCAAUCACAAAUCGCCUUGCCCAUCAUCUCGAGCAUGUACGCCGAGUCAAACUGGUGUUUGGACGAACUUGUUGAGAUCAUGGAACAAGUGGAGAAUGGAAACCUCAAAAUCAUCCCUAUCUUCUUCAACGUGACCCCAGAGGAGGUUAAAGAUAAGGGAGGACGAUUCCGCUUUAUGGUGUUUAGAGAAAAUGAAAAGAAUGGAAAAAGUAUAGCUGAUUUGCAGAAAUGGAACGAGGGGCAGCUUAUUGUAGAGAUUGUUAAUUCGGUCAAGAAAGUGCUAGCUCAACUAGAAGCCAAACCAAAUGUGCUCCCUAACAAUGUCUCACCAGUAACUUCUGGUGGCAAUCCUUCCUGUCCAACGUCUCGAGAGAAGCCUUUCUUUGAAGAUGAAAUGAAUCGACGCCUUAAACAGUUGAAAGAAAAGAUAAGUUUUAAGAGCCUUGAAACUCAGAUUGUUGGAAUUGUUGGGAUGCCUGGGAUUGGUAAAACCAAUCUCGCGGAAAUGCAAUUCCAUAAGAAGAAAACCAGGUUCGUGUUUAAGAAGAUUGUCUCGAGCAUCCGUGAGAAGUCAGAACAACAAGAGCCUGAUUGUCUGAAGAAAGAGCUUCUGAAUGGUCAAGAAUGUAAUGAUAGCGCUGAUAUGUUCAAAAGGAAAAUCUUUGUUGUUCUGGAUGACGUGAGCGACAAGAAACAAAUCGAUUUUCUAAUGGAAAAGCUCAGCUUGGUUAAGAAGGGAAGCAAGAUUGUCAUUACAACUCGUGACAAAUCAUCAAUUGCAGGACUGGCUCAGGAGACAUAUGUAGUCCCUGGUUUGAAUGAUAAAGAUGCGUUGGAGCUCUUUGAAUAUCAUGCCUUUAAUGAUCAAACCUCUAGCCCCGAAGGGAGUUUCCUCAAGCUAUCCAAACAGUUUGUGGAUUACGCUGGAGGCAAUCCACUAGCCCUUGAGGCACUGGGAAAGGAGCUCUGUGGGCAAGAUGAGGCUCACUGGGAAAAAAGACUACUAACGCUACCACAUUGUUGCAACCGAAAGAUCAAAACUGAGUUGAAAAUCAGUUAUGACAAACUCAGUGACCAAGAGAAAGAUGCAUUUCUGGACAUAGCUUGUUUCUUCAGAUCAGAGGAGGAAGAUUAUGUGAAAUGCUUACUGGAUCAGUAUGACUCCGAGUCUGGAGAAGACGCUGUUGGAGAACUAGCUCAAAAGUUGUUGAUCUCUAUCUCUGCUGGCCGAAUAGAGAUGCAUAAUCUACUGUGUACAUUUGGCAAGGAAAUUGGUUCAUCCGAUGAAAAUAUGUCAGGCCAAAGAAUGUGGGCUUAUAAAACAAUAACUGAAACACUAUGCUUGAAAGAGCUCAUCAGCCCUGACCAGACAAAACAGGGAAAGAAAAAGGUUAGAGGCAUUUUCUUAGACACGUCCAAAGAAGAACAAGUGGGAACACACUCAACGUCAAAAAAUGGAAAAGAAAAUACGAAAAUACCAUUAGACAUGGAAACUUUUACCGACAGGUUCAACCAGACGGAUCUACGAUACCUCAAGAUCUAUGACUCUCUUUGUCCUCAGAACUGUAAAGUGAUUUUGCCAGACGGACUUGAGUUUCCAUUUCAAGAGGUCCGUUAUCUCCACUGGCAGAACUUUCCUUUGGAAGAACUUCCACCAGACUUCAACCCUCAAAAUCUCAUUGAUCUCAGGCUGACUCAUAGUAAAAUGAUUGAACGACUUUGGGAAGAUGUUAAGGAAGUGCCACGGUUGAAGUGGGUGGAUCUUAGUUACUCGACUAAGUUGACUGACUUAUCAGCUGUGUCAAACGCAUCUCAUCUUCGAAGGUUAAAUCUUGAAGGCUGCGAGAUUCUUAAGAAGUUGCCUGAAGAUAUGGUAAACAUGAGGAGCCUUGUUUUUCUGAACCUCAGAGAUUGUGUAAUGCUCUCCUCUCUACCAGACAAUCUGGUUUUGGUCUCUCUGAAAACUCUCAUCCUCAGUGGCUGCUCAAGAUUUACAAAGUUUGACCUUGUCUCCAAAAAUCUUGAGUUUCUUCAUUUAGACGGCACUGCGAUCGAGAGUCUUCCCUCGACCAUCCAAGACUUCAAGAAACUUGUGUUACUGAAUCUUAAAAACUGCAAAAGGUUGGAGUCUCUUCCGGAUUGUCUCGAAAAGCUUAAGGCUCUUGAAGAACUGAUGCUCUCAGGCUGUUUCAAGCUCAAACGUCUUCCUGAAAUCAAAGAGAAGAUGGAAAAGCUUCAGAUUUUAUUGCUUGAUGGGACCUCAAUACAGUGUCGUGGUUUCAGUGACCAACUAGUUAACCAACAACCUCUCCAGAUUAAUAGCUUAUCUAUGUUGCGGCGUCUCUGCUUAAGCAGUAAUGAUAUGAUCUACAGCUUGCAAUCUAGCAUUAGUGAACUCUAUCAUCUAAAAUGGAUAGACCUGAGGUAUUGCACCAACCUCACAUCUCUUUUAACGCUUCCACCGAAUCUUCAAUACUUGAACGCACAUUCCUGCACGUCGCUGAAGACAGUAGCGAGUCCUCUUGCUCUUCUUAAUCCAACGGAGCAGCUCUCUUCUUCAUUCAUCUUCACUAACUGUGAUAAGCUAGAGCACGUCGCAAAGAAUGAGAUCAUAUGCUACGCUCACAGUAAAAGUCAGCGCUUGUCAGAUGCAUUGCAUCGUCACAACAAGGGUGUUGCUUUUGAAAAUUUGGUUGCCACUUGCUUUCCUGGAAGUGAAGUUCCUGUGUGGUUCAAUUACAGAGCUUCUGGAGCAGUGUUGGAGCGGGAGCUGCUUCCAAGCGACAAUGGGUUUGUUGGCAUAGCUUUAUGUGCUGUUGUUUCAUUUGAGAACUACAAAGCCCAAAACAACAACUUCAUGGUGAAGUGCUUAUGUGAGUUCAACAAUGUUGACACGUCUUCUACCUUCUUCAGUUUCCAUAUAGGGGAUUUAUCCGAGGAGAAAGAGGACCAACGCACGAUUAAGUCUACUCACGUUUUCAUUGGCUUCACCAGCUGGUUGAAUAUCAACCAUUGUAAAGAACUAGACCUUAGGAGAAGGUGUGGUCCUGCUAAAGCUUGUAUUUCGUUUCUGGUCACAGAUGGUACUCGUGAGGUUGCAAAAUGCAAGGUACUGAAGUGCGGUUUUAGUUUGGUGUGUGAAUCUGGCAAUGGGUCUUGGGAUGCAAACGCUGAUGCAAGCGACGAUGCAAGUUCAGAGGUUACUGAAUCUGAUUCUUGUUUUCAGGAUGCAAUCGAUGGUCCAAUAGAUAGUGAAUCUGAUAAUGAUAAUUCUUCAGAUAAGAAGGCAGGAGAAGUUAGACAAGGCGAAAGUAGAUUAUGGGGUUUCUUGAGAAGAGGAUGGCUUAUUACUUUGUCCCUGUUUGUUUCUUCAUCCACUUGCAUCCCCAUUUAG